ACGGCGCAGUCCGGACGCGAAAGGCACACCUCGCCACUAGAAAAUUCUCCCCGCAGGGCCAGGAGCUCCCGGCCGAAAUUCCCCAACCCUCCGCGGUCCGUCCGCGCGCGCCCCCUACCCCACCGCCACCACCGACCACCGUCUCGCGGCCGCCCACCGCCAUGCGCAUCCGCCGCUACGCCGCGCGCCUCCUCUCCUCCUCCUCGGGCUCCGCCACCACCACCACCAACCCCGCCUCGCCCCCGCCGCCGCCCGCCGCGUCCUGGCUCCACGCCGCCACCGAAGACUGCUGCGCCUUCUGCGAGCUCAACCGGUCCGCCCCGCAGGAGGGUCCGAACGCAAUCAAGCACAAAGGGCACAUUGCCGGUCGGGUGCCUGAACCCGAGGUCAGGGGCGAAGAGCGCGUCGGCCUAGCCCAUCGGCCGCCCGCUCCGGAAGCUAAAAAAUGCAAGAUUGAUCAUGGACCUCAUAUGAGUGAAGCUGCCGUGGGACUGGUAGUUACAAGGGUUGGUUCUGGGGUUAGCGAAGCUGCCGUGAAGCUGGAAGGUGCAGGAGGAUUUACUCUUGCUAGUGAGGUUGAUGCUGAGCCUGCAGUUAACGCUGCAACUUUCAUUAUCAGUGAUGCUGCCAUUGAGCAGGACGUUACAUGUAUAACUUCUGCUAUGAGUGAAUCUGCCUCUGAGCCUGAGGUUACAGGGGGUGAUUCUAUUGUGAAUGGAUCAACCACUGAAUUAGAAUUUUUAAAGGGUGUGUCCAUUGCUAAUGAAGUGGCUACUGAUCCGGAAGUUAAGAAGCGACUUUCUCUUGAGAGUAAAGCUGCUACUGUGCCAGGGGUUACAGGCAUGCUGCCAGAAGUUACAGGGGAACCUUUUCUUAACAAUGGAUCUGGCGCGGAACUGGAAGUUGUAGGGAAAACUUUUUUUGUUAAUGAAGCUUCUAUUGAGCCAGAACUUAUGGAGAGAGAUCCUCAUGUGAGCAAAGCUGUCACUGAUCCAGGAGCUACAAUCUCUGUGCCGGAAGUUGCCGGGACAGGAGCUUCUCUUGUGCAUGAAGCUGCGAAACUGGAAGCUACAGGGGUGGAUUAUAUUGCUAGUGAAGCUGUUUCAGAAUCGGAAGAUACUGGCAGAGCUUCUAGCAAUGGAGAUGGUGAUGCUGCUUUAGACGAUACAUGGCUGCCUGAUAGCGAUAUUGAGUUAGACAAUGUGCAGGUCAGAAAUGCUAGAGAGACUGUUGCCAGCACAGUGCAUCCUUAUCAAUAUGAUGCAGCAGAUGUUGGUGAUUUUGUGAAAUCCACAAGCAACGGUCAUGUUAGAGCCAAAAGUUCGACUGUUGAGAAAGGAGCACCACAUGAUACAUCUGUUGCACCCAGUGUUUCAUGUGUAAUAGACAUAGUGGCUAGAAGCAUCGGUAGGUCAGGGAGAACAGAUGUUAUAUGUUAUUCUAGGCGCAGGGGUAAAAGGAAGCUGGAGCUGCUGGAGGUAAAGAAAGAAAACAUUGCAUUGGAUGAUGAUGUUCUAUGGGAUCAAUGCGAGGAAGAGUUGGCACUGGAGAGAACUGAUCCUUGUGAGAGUGCAAUGUCAACAGCUGGAUCUGCAGAUGUUAAACUUGCCGACAUAAAGAGAGAACUUGUGGAUAAUUCAGCCACAAGCAAGGUUAAAAAGAUGAAAAUAAACAGAUUUGAAUGCAAUAUUGAUUACUGCCGCAUGACAUUCAAGACAAGAGCAGAGCUUUCUGUCCACAAGAAAAACAUGUGCAUGGUCAAGUCGUGUAGCAGACAUUUCAGAUCCCACAGAUACCUGAGGCGUCACCAGAGUGUUCACAACGAUGAUAUGCCUUACAAAUGUCCAUGGGAGGGUUGCAGUAUGGCGUUCAAGUGGUCUGGGGAUCGGGCUGAGCAUUUCCAGGUCCAUGCUGGGGUGAAGCCUUAUAAAUGCACAACACCUGGGUGCAGCAAGAUAUAUAAGUUUAUUUCAGACUUUAGCCGGCACAGGAGGAGGUGCAAACCUCGGGGGUAAAAUAUUGUUUGAUACUACAAAAUUAGGAUAUUAGUAAAGUUUGUGCUUGCUACUGUAUAUGUUUUUAUUUAUUUGCUAGAAGAUCUAUCGCUCAACUGUUCUGACAACUUAUAGUGGGAUUGUUCGUCUCUUUGUUGAGAAAAAUGCUGCAAUCUUUAGUUUAGAAACUUUAAGUUUCACAAAUAUUGGUGUACGUUUGCGGAAGCUAGUUGAUAAUAUUCGCGUUGUUCGUUCGUCACAGUGUGAUAUAUGGAACCUGAGAAUUAGAGCUGUAAAUAGGAAUCUAUUUUUUAUUUACUUCUAUUAUUUAUUCCA